UUGCGUUUAUUCUGCAUUGUCACACCUAACGCUCAAGAUUCCCAAAGCGGAGCAAGAAAAAAAGAACACUUUCAAUCUGAAUUAUUUUAUAUAUUUUUUUUUGGAAAUUUCAAUAGACAAAAAAAGUACCACAAUACUUAGUAAAAAAGUACAUUUAUAGUAAAAAAGUACAGUUACAGUGAAAAGUGCUGAAAAGAGAAGAAAUAACCUUGAGAAAUAAGAAUUUGAAAAUUUCUUUAAAAGAACUUGAAUUACUUGAAAAGGAAUUGAAUUUUUAAGAGUACAUGAUGUCCACAACGUGCGGCUGCUCAAUCGUCCAGUGGGGCAUUGCCAUUGUGUUGCUGUCAGUCGCUGCCGGGCCAGGAUAUGCCAUGCCACGUACUGGGCUGCCAACGCAGUUGUUGUUCAGCGAACUGCUUGGAGCGGGUAAUGAGGACAACACCUAUUAUGGCGAGCAACUGAAGUAUCAGCACCAGCAACAGCAGGAACAGAAACAGCAACGACUGCAUUCGUUUGCCAGGAAAUGGCCUUCGCUGAGGGAUCUCCUGCUGACCGCUGACUACGAGGACCUUGCCGUGCCACAGGACAGCAAUGAGCGAGAAGUGGUCACCAGUUCCCGUCUCCUGGCGCGUCUGCACAAGCUCAGCGAGAAUGGAGGCGGCGAGGAGUUGCGCUACAACCUGGUCAACGACUUAACUGAAAUGCCCUCCAAGAAGGUGGUGUCCAGUCCUUCUCUCAAGGAGCACAACACCAAAAAGAAUGUGCAAUUUCGUAAACAAUACAUGUCGCCGUGCCACUUUAAGAUCUGCAACAUGGGCCGCAAACGCAAUGCCGGUUCCUAUGUACCCUACUGAAGCGAUCUGAAGAGCAGAACCCCCCCAAAAAAAAACUGAAAAGUAAACCCCAUCUCCACCCUAAAAAAAACAAAAAUGGAAAAACCAAAAGCAGCCAAAGUAAAAUAAAAGCAGAAAAAUUAACAGAAUUUGCAUUAUCACAGAUUUGUGGAACGCGUUCAAAUGCCAAGUAUUGUCUAUUGAUUUAGUUUGAGAAUUAGUAAUUAUGAUUAUAAUGUAUUUUUAACAAAUGUCUCGACAUUAACACAAACAAACACACACACAAACACACACACACAGACACACAUUACACAACUCCAAAACACCUCUCCUUAGCGAUUGUGUCUCUCUUUCCCCCAUCCCAUAUGAACACUUACAAAGUAUUUCCAUAUUAGUUAUAUGAAUAUUAUCUAUGAAUUUUUUUGUAUUCGAAAUACAUUCAAUUAUAAUAACCAACAAAAUGUUGUUAGAUAUUAAGCAAAAACCUAUAUAUUACAAAAUAUUUAUUGAAAACAAACAAAAAAACAACAAAGAAAAACAAAAAUGAAUGAUAUAUUAUAUUGCCAAGUUUCCUGAAUAAAUAAAUGUUAUAUUAUUAUGGUAUUCAAAGACCCGAAAGGGGUCGCCCAAAAUAUUAUCGGAA